GUGCACUUUGGUGAGUUUGGUCUCUUUUUUUCCAAAAAAAGCUAAUUUAUUCCCCACGUUUCCGACAAAGUGCAGAUCAACAUUUCCUAUAAAAAGAACACCACCCGAUUUUUGAAACAGCACAAGAAGUCAAGAAGUGAGGUAACAACAAUGGAUGAUAAACUAGCAGCAUCCUCAAAACAAGCACAAAGCUUGAGUAAUGGAACCAAGCGUAGUGGUUGGAUAAGUUUCCCCUUCUUCAUUGGUAUGGUAGCAGGGUUGUCAGUUGCAAGCACAGGAAUUGUGGGAAAUUUGAUAGUAUAUCUUAUAAGUGAAUUCAAUAUAAAGAGCAUCAAUGCUGCUCAGAUUGUAAACGUUGUUAUUGGAAGCACCAAUCUAUUUCCAAUAGUUGCUGCAAUUGUUGCUGAUUCUUUCUUUGGCUCUUUCUCUGUUGCCUUUGCUACUUCUUGUGUUGCUUUGCUGGGAACGGUUAUUUUAUUUUUGACAUCAACUAUCAACUCCUUAAAGCCUCAUCCAUGUAGCAAUGAUUUAUCCAUCAUAUGCAAACCACCAACUGGAAUCCAAUACACAGUUCUAUACAUAAGCAUAGUUCUAAUAUCAAUUGGUUUUGGUGGUUCACGUUUCACAGCAGCAUCACUAGGAGCAAAUCAAUUUGACAAACCAGAACAUCAAGGAUCAUUUUUUAAUUGGUUCUUUUUCACAUUCUAUGUUGCUUCUGGAGUUGCAUUAUCUGGAAUUGUUUACAUUCAGGAUAAUUUGGGCUGGGCUUUGGGAUUUGGUAUUUGUGCUGUGGCUACUUUUGUUGGUGUGGUUGUUUUUUUGUUGGGCUAUCGAUUUUAUCGGAUGGAUGAGCCGCAAGGGAGUGCGGUUUUGGAUUUGGGCCGUGUUUUUGUUGCAUCUGUUCGUAAGUGGAAGUAUAAUCUCUCGUCUAGAGUCGAGGAUUACUAUACUAGUACUACUUCUUGUGAUGAUGUUAUGGUUCAAAUGUUGCCUCCAGCUACACUCGGAAAAAGAUUAAGGUUCUUCAACCGUGCAGCUCUAAUAACUGAUACAGACCUAAAAUCAGAUGGUUCAAUCAAGAAAUCAUCAUGGAGACUAUGCACAAUUCAACAAGUGGAAGAUUUCAAAAAAAUAAUUGGAAUCUUACCACUAUGGACUUCAAGUACAUUCCUAGCAAUACCAAUAGCAAUGCAAAGUAGCUUAACAGUACUUCAAGCUUUAGUCAUGGAUCGUUCAAUAGGAUCCCAUUUCAAAUUCCCAGCUGGUUCUAUUUCUAUUGUAAUCUUAAUAUCAACAUCCAUUUUCCUCACCUUUCUUGACAGAGUGUUAUUGCCAGGUUGGUAUAAGAUUACUGGAAAAAUGGCUAGGCCGCUCCAACGAAUAGGCGUAGGGUAUGUUUUGACUGUUCUUAGCAUGGCUGUCUCUGCUCUUGUCGAAUCAAAGCGGCUCAAAUUAGCACAUCGGCAUGUGGACAUGUCGGUCUUAUGGUUGUUUCCACAAUUAGUGUUGGUUGGGAUUGGUGAAGCUUUUCAUUUUCCUGCACAACUUACAUUCUACUACCAACAAUUUCCACAAUCACUUAGGAGCAUAUCAACUGCAUUGAUUUCAUUGAUUGUAGGAAUUGCUUUUUACCUUAACACUGCUUUAAUCGAUCAAGUUCGUCGGAGUACUGAUUGGUUACCUGAUGAUAUAAAUCAUGGGAAGGUAGAUAAUGUGUACUGGAUGUUAGCCUUGUUUGGGGGUAUCAACUUUGUGUAUUACUUACUGUGUUCUGCUUUUUACAAGUAUGAAAAUUAAUGUUUAAAAGGAAUAUGAUGUUAUGAUAAAUGUUAUCACUCUUAUGGUUGGAAUAAGUAAUAAUGAUAAUUAUUGGAUUGUGUAAGUCAAUCUGUCUUCAAGUUCGCUUAUCGAGCAACUGGUGGCUAAGCGAGGAUAGGUCGUGUUUUCUGGCUUAGCGAGCUCAUUUGGUUUUGUAUCUGUCUGUUAUGAUAGUUAUAGGAGUUAGUUUUCUGUUGUGACUACAGCUGUAUUGUUAGUUUGUUAGAGGAGUUAGGAAGUUGUUAGCUUACUUGUUUUACAAGUUACCUUUCAUUGUAUUGUACUUUCACCUAUAAAAGGUGCUUUUGUGAUUAAUAAAAUUAGAUGGUUUUCCCUA